AUGUUCAUUAAGAUCCUCCUUGUGCGGUUACUCUUCGCAAACCUGUGGCAAUUCGCCCUCGGCAUGGGUAAUAGAACAAAUGGCACGAUCACCGAACCACCUCCCGAACCACCAAGCUGCGCUUCUCGUUGUAUGGUUGAUAGCAUGUUCGCAACGCAAUGCCUCGAUACGAGAUGUCUCUGCAACGAAAAAGACUACCAGCGGGUCUGCAUUCCCCCUCUAAUGAGUAGUCAUACUCAGCUAACCCUAUCCCGUAUCCAGUCUCUCUUUCAGUGCCUCUACUCUCAAUGCGAUACCAACAAUUACGGACCCGCACUUAGCCACUCCAUAUCGCUAUGCAUGAAUCUCGGCGCCGUGAUUUACAUGGUAGCGCCAGGCGUAGUCGACAAUGACAUACUCCGGUCCCGCGAGGAUGACUACCUUGCCGGGCGCGAAGUAGCAGACGUCCCAGGCUUGCAACUACGACAGGAGAGCAUCGCCGGGCACGGACAGACAACUACUGUAACAACCACGGUCACAGAUUUUAUCACGGUGUCCUAUGCCCCGGUCACGUACUUUUCGACAGCUAGUAGCGAGCUCCUCGAGACCACGCAAGCAGCAGAAGAGGUUCCUCAUACCACCUCUACCUCGGCGAACCGGCCUUGGGUGGUUCCUAUAUCAAAGGCUGCGAGCGAAAGACCCUCAUUUUUCGGGUUGGUGUUGUGGAUCGCGUUGGUAGUUGCGUUGGAUUACUGGAUGAACAGCUAG